GACAUGCUCCAUUCGGAACGGCGCCUGCAGAUGUGGCGCGCAAUCCGAGUUCGAUGCCAUGGGCUACAAAUAUCAGGCGGACACCAUGCCCAGUUUCUACGAAGUGGAGGAGAGCAAAGUCCAUGAGACAGGCUUCGACAACCGGGCGGAAUUCAUUUCCCCGAACAUGGUGGCGUUCAUUGAAGGUGUCGUUGACGACGUACGAUCUCAAGGCGCAGAUCCCGAAAUGGUGGUGAACUGGCUCACCGCAGCUAGGAACGGUUUGGUGGCGAUGAGGAACAAGAAGUUCGAAUACAAGAUGUAUUUUGGAGGCCCCAACGACGCGGGCACCAAAUGGAACGGCUACGAGUCCUAUUGGAACAACGGCACCACGGCUCUGGGCCCAGACGAAGCCUUGUACAACGUGGGGGGCGGACAAUGGCAUUACGAAAUGGGUUUUUCGGACCCCUACUUUGGCAGCACGCAAGCCAUGGUCAGCGCCUACUACGCGCAGCUGGGGAAGAAUCCCACCUACGAUGGAGCUGCUUGUAUGGCGGCCGGUAUCGCCGUGAGCUUCGGGCUGCAGAAGUACGGCCAAUCAUUACUGGGGAUGACCGUGGCGCAGCGCCGCGAGGAGAUUCGGAUCUCAGUGGGCACCUUGAACGACGAGACGCUCUACGGCAUGGUGCGUUUUAAUCGGUUUAAUCAGAACAAUGGUCGCUUGACGGUGAAUUGGCAAGUGCUGGAAGAUGGUGGCACCAGGCCGGUGCUUCCGCCGGAAGCUGCGGCCACGCAGUUCCGCUUCCCCAGCCCCACCUGGGAUGCGCGCUUAGGGUGCCCUGCUGGGACUUACGCCGACGGUGUGCUCCAGGUACCCACGCAGUGCACGCCCUGUCCCGAGGGGAGGGCACGUUCCGUGCCAAGCCCUGGGUUGAACUUCACCCAAUGCGACAUAUGUCCCAUGGGCUUCGGCACGCUGCCGGCGCAGACGGGCCUGCUGGAGUGUCCCGCCUGUCCGGCCGGACGGUAUCAAAACGGCGACUCCGAUCGAGGUGUGUGCAACCAAUGCCCCGUGGGCACGUCCCGCAGAGCCAACACCAGCGGCGGAUGCAGCCUCUGUGCUGCGCAAAGCUAUGCAGAUGUCACCGGCUUGGACGAGUGCAAACCAUGCCCUUCCCAAAGCUCCCAGGGCGAUCUGGGUCAAACCUUCUGCUUCUGCGACGUAGGAAACUACAAAGAUCCGUCGGAUAGCAUCCCUGUGGGCACGGUGCUACCAUGCCUCGCCUGUGAGAGCGUGAUUCCGGGCAGCACCACCUUGUACCCCAACUUGCGCUACAGCCAUGAAUGCGUCUGCCCCACAGGAACGUAUUUUCACCGCUUCAGCGCCAGCAGCGAUGCGGGGCACUGCGAGUCCUGCGGCCUUGGCCUGGUCUGUUUGGGCGGCCGGGAGGGGUCGAGCACCAACAGUAGCGCGCCGCACCAGGCCCCCUUGCAGCAAGAGGGCUAUGCAGCCGGUGCUCCGGCCUAUUCGGGUGGCAGCCCAUCGUUCAUAGUGGAGUGCAGUAGCAGCCUCACCUGCCCGGGAGGGUUGGCCCUGGGCGCCUGUCCCGGGAGCAACUCGGGCAUGGCCUGUGUGGAUUGCCUUCCAGAUCACUACCAGGAGAAUGGACUUUGCUACUCCUGUGCUGAAGCGGGCUUUGCUCUAUGGCCUUUGAUCAUUGCCUUUGUGGUGGCGCUGAUUGUCCUCCUAGGGCUCUACAAAUUCGCCACGAAGGUGGACAAACCGCACCGCGACUCUAUGAUGACGGUGACCAUUGGUGCAGGUUUGUCGCUGGCCACGUUGCAGGCCUUGUCGGCCUUCUCCAAGGUGGAAGUGCAAUGGGUGGAGCCUUUGCAGACGUUGCGCGGCGUUUUUGCAUUCCUCAUCUUCGACAUUAGCAUCUUGAGGCCUGGCUGUUUCGUGGGAAAUACCAACCCUGUUUUGCACUACCUGGGCUCCUUGAUGGUGUGGCCCAUGCUUGCUGGCGGAAUCAUGGUCGCGUUCGGUAUCGCAAAGUAUGCGUUGAAGAAGGACAUCGGUCUCAACGAGGUCAUUACGGCCCAGGGCUUGAUCGUCUCCGCAGUCUACAUCGCCUUGACGGCCUUGGCGGUGCGACCCUUUCAGUGCGUCGGGAAUCCGGAUGGCACCUCGAGUAUGGCAAGCUACCGCAACGUCGUGUGCUGGCAGGAUCCUGCACAUUCCGGAAUGGUGGCCCUCUCAGUGGUGCCCUUCUUUGGAGGCGUUUGCAGCUUCAUGGCCCUCAUCGUUUGGGCGGUGAUCCAAUACCCCUUGAAGGUGGCCAGCCCUGGGGGUGUGAAGUUCGUGAAACGGUACAAUUUCAUUUUUUCCCGGUUCAAUCCUGAAGCCUACUUCUUCGCGUUGAUUUUGAACUUCCGGAACUUUUUGAUUGGUAUUUUGCCGAUCCUCCUGGUUGCCUACAAUGAAUUGCAGUUCUUGUCUCUCACCAUGACUGUGGCCGUCUACGCGCUUUUGCAGGCUCGAUUUUGGCCCUGGCGCACCCGCCUCUCCAACAUCAUGGAUUCCUGUUUGGCCCUCUUCUUGAUGGUCGUGAUAGUUGUGGGUAGCAUGUUGUUGGACUUUGACAGCUCCCGAGGAAACACGACGAUCCAAAUGAUCCUGAUCGUGGGCAUGGUCCUGGCUUUCAUCGGCUUGCUGUUGGUCUUUUGCUGGGCGGUCUAUCGCACCUACCAUCCCUCGAGGACAUAUGGAAUUUUCCUGAGCCACCACAAGCUCGGCGCUGCAGUUCUCUCCAGGUGGUUCAAGAUGCUCUUGGCUGAGAUCACACCCACCCGUGUUUUCUUGGACUCGGAUGAUGUCAGCAAACUGGAUGCCAUCAUCAAUGUCACGGCCUGGGAUUCGGAGAACGUGGUGGUCCUGAUGACCAGCGAAACCCUGAAGCGCAUGUGGUGUGCCGCAGAGAUCGCUAGCGCGUGGGCGGCCAGAACCAACAUCGUGCUGGUGAGUUGUGAUGGCAAUGGCUUUUCACAGGAGCUCUUGGAGAUGAUUCCGAGCCUUUGGACCGAGGAGCAGCAGGCGACAUUGGCCAAUGCAGGAGUGAACAUGCAAAUGAUCCUGGACUCCUACGAGGGUUUGUUGAAGCGGAAGGCCAUUCCGUUGGACAGGCGAGGUGGCAAGACCGAAUUGCACAAGGAUGCGGUGAAGGAAGUGGUGGCUCAGUGCAAGAAUCUCUCCAAGCACAUGUUCUCCUCCAUGAAGAGCACCAUGCAGCGCCUCUCCUCGCGGCUGGGAGCCGAGAGCGCUAUCUUGAUGCUGGGUGCCUGGGUGCAGAAAGUGACGAUGUUUACCAUUGAAAAUCAGCAAG